UAUGAACGCGCGUUAAGGGAAUUCAGAAGGGAAUAUGGCGGAAUGAAUCAGUAUACAGAUCCAAUUGCAACAUGGAAUCUCGUCGGGUCAGCGGGCCGUAACCUCUCACUAGAAGAUAAAAUUUCAGCAGUGAAAAAUAUUGUUUUUCCACUAGGUAUGAACGGAACUGCUGUGGAACUAGAUGAUGAAAUAAAGGGUCCCAUUAAAGUUCUUGUGAAAAAAGGCUGGCGUAACCAUUGCUUCAACGAAUUCGUUAGUGAUCUUAUACCUGUAAAUCGCACCCUUCCAGAUUAUAGAGAUGAAUGGUGUAAACAAAGAAAUUAUUCCAAGAAUUUGCCUGAGGUCUCUGUAGUAAUUUGUUUUCAUAACGAGGCGUGGUCGGUGCUUCUGCGAACCAUUGAAUCAGUACUUCACAGGUCACCGCCCGAUCUGUUGAAAGAAAUAAUUCUUAUUGAUGAUUUCUCAUCUAUGCGUCAUUUGAACGAAGAUCUAGAAAACUACGUGCGGACGAAACUGAAAGUUGUGUUAAUAAGAGCGAUUCAUAGAAAAGGAUUGAUUAGAGCAAGAAUUAUGGGCGCUAAAUACGCAUCGGGAACGGUCGUGGUUUUCCUAGACAGUCAUUGUGAAUGCACUAAAGGUUGGCUAGAACCGCUAUUAGAACAGAUAAACAAGGAUCCUAAAACUGUUGUCAGCCCAGUAGUUGAUCAUUUAGAUGUAUCUACAUUCCAAUACAUACCACAAACAACAGACAAUCUUCAAAUAGGAGGCUUCGAAUGGGAUCUCAAAUUCAUUUGGCGGCCAGUACCAAAGAGCAUUCUCGAAACUCGUACAGAAAAAGCCGCGCCAAUAAAAACGCCUACCAUAUCUGGAGGCCUUUUUGCAAUACAUAAACAGUUUUUUAAACAUUUGGGCUAUUACGAUUCUAAUUUCGAUAUCUGGGGAGGGGAGAAUUUAGAGUUAUCGUUCAAAACAUGGAUGUGCGGUGGUUCCUUGGAAAUAGUACCGUGUUCGCAUGUAGGACAUGUUUUCAGGAGUACGUUUCCGUACAAGCACGUUAAGAAAUCGUUGAUGAAAAAUUCGCUUAGAUUGGCUGAGGUGUGGCUAGAUGAUUAUGCAAAAUACUAUUAUCAGAGGAUCGGGGAUAUAAGAGAGAAUUUCGGUGAUGUAACAAAGCGAAGGAAAUUGCGAGAAAAAUUGAAAUGUAAAUCUUUUGAAUGGUACUUGCAUAAUGUAUACCCGGACAUGAAAUUACCCGAUGAAAAUGUGGCUUACGGGCAGAUUUACAAUAUGGGCGAAUAUCCUGCGUGUCUUGACGUUAUAUCAUCGACUCUGAAUAUUCAAGGGGCUGUGAGUGUACAACCGUGUCACUUUGAAGGAGGGAAUCAAUUCUGGGUUUAUACAAAAAAUGGAAGAAUAGAACACGAUGAUAUGUGUUUAAACUACAUAUUUGGAUUUAUCACAAUGGUUUUAUGUGAUGAAAAAAUGCUUUCCCAAGUAUGGUUUUAUGAUGAUAAGAUAAAAUCGAUAAAACACAAUCAAACAAAGCUGUGCCUUACUAUAAUUGUUACUGGUAAAAAUAAUCUAAAUUUAGAGUUGAAGAAAUGUGCCAAUUUGACAAAUCAAGAAUGGACCAUGGAUAAUUAUAAGGAACAAAGACUUUUGCCUGAAUUACGAAGUUCAACUAAUAAGCCAUCAAAUACAACGUAA